CACGAGCCACAACGGUGUUUUUCUCCGUUUGCAGCCAGCUCGAGCUCCUCGGGGAGAGAAGACACCGACAGAAAGAGAGAGAAACAGGGGCGAGCGAGAGAAAGAGGGGGAAGGAAGGAACCCUUGGCACACACUUUACAGUCUCCAAAUGUAAUAUUGUAUGCUUGGCUUUGUGCGGAGACGGUGGAGAAGACAAUUCCAUUACAGUCUCACCUCCUACACAAGGGCUUAUCGCAUGCCUGUUCGUCUGCAUUUCUGAGAGAACUAUACCGCCGGUAUUUCCGAAGGGAAAGGGUUUAAGCAGUCCUGGAUUGGGCAUCGAGGGAGCCGCGAUGAUCUCCUUGUGGAGGGGGCAAGGAAUGGCGCGGUGGGCAUUAUGUUGGCUUCUGCUCACGCUUUGGCGGUUUACCGCCGCGUGUCCUGAGUCUUGCACUUGCACCAACUCAAGGAUCUCGUGCAUCGAUGAAGACCGAGGAAUUGUGUCUUUCCCACUUCUACCGUCCGAAUAUAAGAUGGAAGAUAUUGCUGAAAUAUACAUUGAAAAUCAGGAUAGAUUAUUUUCCAUCAACGAUGAGGACCUGAAAUUCUAUAGGAACCUCAGAAAUUUAACUGUGACCAAUACUGGACUGACCAACAUAUCCCAGCAGGCAUUCCUGAACAAUGGAAAGCUACAGUACCUGAAUUUGAGGGACAACAACUUGUUUUCUUUGUCCUGGAAGAGUUUACGGAAUUUAAACAUUUCCUUUCCGCUGCUGUCGGGUAAUCCGCUACGCUGUGGCUGUGAGAAUGUGUGGCUCAGACAGUGGCUGGGGGAGGAGUCUGAACGGCAGGACCUGUAUUGUCAGGAGGCUGAUGGCAGGACGUGGCCCCUUUCCAAACUCUCUCUCCCCAACUGCGUGCUUCCCUCAGUGACGGUCAGUCCCUCCAGAAUAACGGUGAAGGAGGGGGGCAGUGCAGUGCUGCGGUGUCACACGUCAGGCGUGCCCCGCCCCCAUCUCUUCUGGAACACCAGCCACCUCGUUUCCACCUAUGAGGUCAGUGAGUCAGACCUGGUGGCAGAGUUGCGUCUGAGUAACCUCUCCUCUGGGGACAGCGGCCACAGUGUCACCUGCACCUCGGAGAACGUGGUCGGAGAAAAUACCUCGUCUGUGGUCCUGGACAUUCUGUUUCCUCCGGAGAUCACUAAGCUGAUGGACGCCAUAUCGGACCACCACUGGUGCAUCCCCUUCAGCGUGGCGGGGAACCCCAAGCCGGAGCUGCAGUGGCUGUUCAACGGCGAUCCCGUCUCAGAGGGCGACUACAUCAGCACCCAAAUCCACGACAUGACGGAGAACGAGUACCACGGCUGCCUGCAGCUGGACAACCCCACGCACGUCAACAACGGCCUCUACAUCCUGCAGGCCCGCAACCAGUUCGGAAGGGACGAGAAGUCCAUCUUCUCCCACUUCAUGAAGGAACCCUGGGAAAAUGGAACAGGGCCAGAUGCAGCCUAUUAUGGCGGCCUAGACCAACCCACAGAGGAUCCGCCUGUGGGCCAAGAGGACAAGGCGGCGGUGUACGUCGUUGUCGGAAUCGCCGCCGUCGCCUUCACUGGAUUUGUCCUGAUGUUGAUCAUCCUAAAGUUCGGAAGGAACUCAAAGUUUGGAAUCAAAGGUCCUUCCUCAGUGAUCAGCAACGACGACGACUCUGCCAGUCCCCUGCACCACGUCUCCAACGGCAGCAAUACGCCCUCGUCCUCAGAGAUGGGCCCGGACGCCGUCAUCAUCGGCAUGACCAAAAUCCCCGUCAUAGAGAACCCGCAGUACUUCCGCAGCACCAACAGCAUGCUGAAGUCCGACACCUUUGUCCAGCAUAUUAAGAGACAUAACAUCAUGCUGAAGCGUGAGUUGGGAGAGGGGGCGUUCGGGAAGGUCUUUCUGGCCGAGUGCUACAACCUCACCCCGGAGCAGGAGAAGAUCCUGGUGGCCGUCAAGACCCUGAAGGAGGCCAGUGAGAAUGCCCGUAAAGACUUCCAGCGAGAGGCAGAGCUCCUCACCAACCUGCAGCACGAACACAUCGUCACCUUCUACGGCGUGUGCGUGGAAGGAGACCCGCUCAUCAUGGUGUUCGAGUACAUGAAGCACGGAGACCUCAACAAGUUCCUCAGGGCUCAUGGCCCUGACGCAGUGCUGAUGGAGGGGCAGCACUGUCUGCAGGUGGAGCUGACCCAGCCGCAGAUGCUGCACAUCGCUCAGCAGAUCGCAGCGGGGAUGGUGUACCUGGCCUCCCAGCACUUCGUCCACCGAGACCUGGCCACACGCAACUGCCUGGUGGGAGAAAACCUGCUGGUCAAGAUCGGGGACUUCGGCAUGUCCCGAGACGUCUACAGCACCGACUACUACAGAGUGGGGGGGCACACGAUGCUGCCGAUUCGCUGGAUGCCCCCAGAGAGCAUCAUGUACAGGAAGUUCACCACGGAUAGCGACGUGUGGAGCCUGGGCGUGGUCCUGUGGGAGAUCUUCACCUACGGCAAGCAGCCCUGGUACCAGCUCUCCAACAACGAGGUGAUCGAGUGCAUCACGCAGGGCCGUGUCCUGCAGAGACCUCGUACCUGUCCGAAGACGCUGUACGACCUGAUGCUGGGGUGCUGGCAGCGGGAGCCCCACAUGCGGCUCAACAUUAAAGAGAUUCACAGCCUGCUCCACAACCUGGCGCGUGCCUCGCCCGUCUACCUGGAUAUCCUGGGCUAACCGCUCCCCGCUCACCGCCCCUCCUCCU